AUGCCCUACUCCCCUUUGCUACUGUCGUCGCCGCCACCCUGCUGGCGGCGGCCUGUGCGGCAGGGCGGGGGUGUCGCCACCCUGUUGGCGGCGGCCGGCUGUGUGGCAGGGCGGGGGCGCCGCCCUUGUAGGUGGGCGCCACCGUGGGUUGGCGCCCCUGCGGGUGGCGCUGCCCUCGCGAGCGCUAUGCCCGCGGGUGCAGUGCCCCGCCGGGCGGCCACCCCUACGGGGGGGGUUUGCUCGCAGGAGCAGUGGUCGCAAGCGCCAUUGCCCUGUGGCGCCUCAGCCCAUGGGCACUACUGCCGUAGGCGCCUCGCCCCGUGGUGCCUCGGUUCGCGGGUCCAGCACCCGCAGGCGUCGCCCUUGUGCCCGCACGCAGAAUGCCUAAUGCCCUACUCCCCUGCUGCCAUCGCCGUCGCCACCCUGCUGGCGGCGGCCUGUGCGGCAAGGCGAGGGCGUUGCCCUCGCCUGCAGGCGGCACGCCCGUUGGCGGCGCUGCUGCUGCGGGUGGGCGCCCCCGCGGGCGGUUCUGCCGGCGGGACAGAGCCCGCAGGCGGUGCUGCCCUUGCGGGCGCCGCUGCCUCCGCGGGCGGUUCUGCCCGCGGGGCAACGCCCGUAGGCGGCGCGGUCCCCCCGGGCGGCCGCCCCUGCGGGGGGGUUUCGCCCGCGGGAGCAACGGCGGCUGGCGCCGCUGCCCUGCGGCGCCUCACCCCGCGGGAGAAGCGACCGCAAGCGCCUUUGCCUGCGGGCUGCCAGCCCCAUUGA